GUACUUUGACAGAACCAGACCGGAAACAGCAAUGAAUCUGUGCAACUUGAAUCACGGGGCGGUCUGUGUCUAAAGGCAUGGACUAACUACGUAGACACAGAUACCACUUGUAAAGGGAUCUAUCGUAAAUGAAAAUAAGUCUGUUAAGAGAUUAAAUCAUGGACGAGCCGAUAAAUGCAAGGAGAACUUUGUAUAUCAUAUCAAAUAUGAGUAUUUUUAAAGGUGGAAUUACUUUGGAGUGACUCCCGAAAGCCAGGGCGCACGCACAGAGGGAGAGAGGAGGCAGCGAGGAGAACCAUGAAGUUAAACCCUACAGAAGCUCCACUUUAUGGAGAGUGUGUGCUGACCGUGCAGCUGGAGGACAAUGACACCUGUCCCAGCCCUGAGGAAGAGGACCUGGUGGAGUUUUACCUUUUAUUUUCAGGUUCUUCACAGCGACACCUGACGAGCACCGUACGAGCCAGCCGUGCCACACUGCAGGCUGUGUGCCCAGGACAUAAUGUAUGUGAGCAGGUCCUGGUGGUGUUGUGUGUGGCCCAGCCCAAUGGAGCAGUCAUUGACUGUUCUCAGAAGAACUUCACUUUUGUGCAGGAUUUGGCCCUGGACACGGCUCAUGCAAUGCUCAACAGUAAAUUACAUCAAAAAGCUCCACUGUGGAAUGAUCCAAAAGAAUGUAAGGAACUGGAUGGGAGCCUUGUCUUGGCUUUAAAACAUCUGACUCAGCUGCACAGACUGGGCCCAUGCUCCAGUGCGCUGCCACACAUGCAUUCACCGAGGGAAGAGCACAGAACACAAACGGACAAUCAUGAAAACAUCAGGCAGGAUCAGACGCACUGUACCACUGACGAGGACAGCACAGACAAAGGGACAGAGGCAUCCACACAGUGCAACAGCAGCACAGGGCAGCAGCAGCUCUCAGGUCUGCUCCACUUGGCAGCAGCCGACAAUCUGAACAGAACGAGCUCAUUCACCCCCCAGGCGCCCGGACAGAGAGACACACGGAGGAGCGGUACAGACUGUGUAGACACGUCCCAGGACCACCUACAAAGGAUUCAGCUUUUCACAAACGCUGACACAAACGAAGAGUUGGACAUUGAUCCAGAUGGACAAGUUUUCCAGCACCACUCAAAGCUUGGUACCUUCUCCUUGACGUUACAAGGCCUCCACAAGUGGCACAACAAACGGGAUUCAGACUUUUGUUUACAAGAUGACGUGGCACAGCUGAGGAGACGUAUUGAGCAAUACAAGGGUGAAAAGGGAAAUCACUUUGGUACGACAGCUAUAUCGCAAUUUAAAGAGGAAAUACUGGAUGAUGAUAGAACAAAACCACCUCAAGACAGUUGUGUGCAUGGCAACAGCCACUUGGACAGUACUUCUACUAUCACGGUUGGAGCCAUUCGUCAAAGCCAGGAAACUGAGGCCACACAGGCAGCUCCUCGCACUGGUCGUAACAGAAGGAAUAAAAAGAGAACUACUAAAACUGCACGAACUGUGACAGAAAGUCCAGGAAGUCCCCUAGUGGCUGCUACAGGAACUGCAUCCAAUGCCAUUACUGCAUCAAAACCACUAUCAUCCACUGAUCAAAUAAGGGAAACCGUAUUUACAGACAGUCAUUCUAAAGAUGACUUUUCCCAUUUUCCGACAAGCCCAGAUAGUGAUGAACAGAACAGCAGCAGGAAGACUGUAGCCUCACCAGCCACGGCCAUUGUAGCAAAACAGGAAGUACAGAAAUGGGAAGUUGCGCAAAUAAUAUUGGACCAAGAAACACAAAAUGAAGUGACUGAACUGGGACUCGUUGAAGAUGUAAAAACAAAAAAAUGUUUGGUGAUUUUGCAUCGCAAAGAAGCUACCGAAAAAGCAGAAACCAUGGGCCAGGAACAAUCCCUGAUUAACACAGAAAAGCAUUCAGAAAAAACUGCUUCUCCUGAAGUUGAAGAGAGGGUCCUUCCAGUACAAGCUGAAGGCACAACUGUCUCAGAUGGAGCAGCCUGCUACCAGGGAGCCAACAGCGAAGAGGUGAUGAAAGAAGAACCAAAAUCCCUGUCCAUUUGGUAUGACUGUGAACAACUGGACAUGAGCAAAGAAACAGACAUGAGCUCUCCACAGCUGUCUACUGAACUGUGUGCUAGCCCCCGUCAGCUGUCUCCAACUCUUACUCAGCCACAUGCUACUGGACUGCAGCCAGAAGUGUCACAUGGGUCCACCUCACAAAGACAGGAAGUCCUCGGAUCACAGCGAGACGAGGAAGCAGGGCCAGAUUGGGAGAAGGCGAGCAGGGAGGAGGUUAGCGCUCACAGCAAAAGGAGCUCGGAGAAUGACGAAGACGGACAUGGAGACAGAAGCACAAAGCCUAGGAAAAAGAAGAGGAAAAAACGGGGCAAACGUGGAGGUCUGGAGCGCAAACAACUCAGCUCAACUUCUAGCAUCGAAUCUCAAAGCCAAACUGAGAUUCAGAUGCAACUGACUGACCAGAAUAUAGAAGAAAAAACAGGAAAAACAGACAUUCCAACUACUUCAGUUCCAGGGACAAAUACAAUGCAACUACCGAACCAGGCCGAAAUCCAGGACGGGGCUAGGGAUGGUACGCACUCCUCUAAUUUGGAAACUAAUUUAUCUGAGCUUCCUGGGACAACAGAUUUUAACAUGUUGGGAGAGAUUUCAGAGGAUAAAACCACAAUAUUUCAUGAAUCAAACAAGCUAGUUUGGGACACUGCUCAUGCCCAGUUACAGGAAAUGGAUGUACCAGUGCUGGAAAAUGUUGAAACGGCAGAAUCACACGGAGAAAAAAGGGAAUUAUUUGACUAUAUUAAUGAGGUUUCGGAUUGUAAUUAUGGUAUCACGGUAUUACAUCAUCAACCGAGUCAGACUUCUCCAACAGAACUUUCUGGCAGUCAUCCAGAUCAGAAACAAUUCAACGAAAAGUUGCUGGAACAAUUAGCCGACAAGCAUUUACAACUUGUCCAUCCUUUGGUUAACAGUCCAGAAAGCACUGAACCUGUGAGUGCUUUUGAUUCUCCUGUUGAUGGUAAAACAGAUGUCCCACCUCCUCAAACAAGGGAAGGAAGCGCUGAGAUAACCACGCAGGGACCAUCGGGGCAUUGUUUGACUUCAGAGAUUCUCGCACAGAAGAACCUUGAGGAGGAAAAUAAAAAUGAGUUGUGGAAAGAGGAAGAGGCUAAGAUAGGAAGCCUGCCGAGGCGUGAAGUGAUUGAGUUGUGUGCUAAUAAUAUAGCAGGAGAGGGGGAAGGCUCUUUUUCAGGCAGUGAGCUGGAACUGGCAGCCACAGCAGUAGCAGUUGUAACUGUGGCAGUAGCAUCAGCGAUGGCUACGUUUGAACUUUGCCAACAGUUAGCAGAGAAUUGCACAAAAACGCCUGGUAUUAAUCCAUUAGAACAAAAAAUGGAUGAAAAGCCUGCUCUGUUUAAUCUAGUGAGCCAUUCUGACGACACUAGUCCGGCACAAGACAUUACCGAGGAACAGGCCCAUUGUGAGUCACAAACAGUGGGGUCACAGAAUGAGUUUAACAUUGAUUUUGCACAAGAAUUUGAUUCAAGUGGAAACAAACCAGACGGCACUAACCAAGCUUUAACACUGGACAUUAGUAAUGAUGUACGAGCUGAGAAUUUAGGUUUACAUCAAACUAUUGAAGCUACCACACAUACUGACAAGCAACAAGACUCCAAAAAUCAGGAGCCAUUAGGGCUAAACAGCAGUGAACAGAUCAAGUGUGGCCUGACAGUGGAGGAAAAUCGAGUUAAUACAUUAGAUAAUGAAUGUAUUAGGACCUCAUCAAGUGACACAAACCAGAUUACCAAUUUUGCUGUACAGGAGGAGGUUUUAGACAAGAUUUCAGACACUUGUAAUGUUCUAGAUACAGGUCAGAAAGGUCCACUUAUGCCAGAGGUGAAAAAAGCAGAAGAGAUUAUAAUGGAUGUAAUUGAUGGAGUGGAUGAGGACUGUUCAAGAUUGAAAAAAACUGUAAGAAAAGAAAGCAGUGACUCAAAUAACAGUCAGCCUGAAAAUGUGCCGCUUACAAUAGAAGAACAAGCUGUGCCAUUGUCCUGUGAUUCACUACCUUCCAUAAUAAUCACACAUGGAUCCGGCGAUUGCCCAGAGGAAAAUGAAUUUGUGGAGUCAAAAAUGAGAACAGAGGAAUCUCAAAAAGAUGUACCAGACACAAAAGUGGCUGUUGUCGUGGAGAUAAAGGAUGAUUCUAUGGAAAUUCUGGAUCAGGAUGGAGAUGUUGUAGAUGGAUGGAGAGAAAGGGAGAGAGAAAAGAAAAACGAUAAAGAACAUACAGAAGCUGGCACAUGUUCAGCAGAAUGGGAGGAGCCUGGAUCUAAAAGGAACAUUGUGGACUGUUUACAAGCACUUCAGAUCCAAAGGGAGACGGAUAUUUUUGGUCCAGUCCAACACUGUGCAGACCCCAGCUCUCAGACAGCCACAUCACAAGACAGCAAGAAGCCUCCAUUGGUGUGUUUACAAGAGGAGGAGGAUGUCAGCCCAGAGACCAACACUGAGGACAGUGUUUUUAAAGAGUGGGAGACCCCCUGUACCGAGUGCAGUGAUCAGAAGGUGCGUGUGUCCUGGUCUUCUACUGACGAUGCCUCGUCAGUGCUGGGAACCUUCAGUGAGGAGCGUUCAAUUUCAAUCUCUGAUCCAAACACCUCCAGACUCUCCUGGAAGUCUGAGGCAGAAGACACAGGACUUGGCGAAAUGGAAGGAGGAGAGGAGGAUGAGAGAAAAGAUUCUCUACCUGAAAACAUUUUAACGUCGGCCAUCUUGAGAGCUUCUCGUCGCCGCUCUCUGUCGCCAUUGCGACGGCACAGCUGGGAGCCAGGGAGGAAUGACGCCACCUCUGACAUGAACAUGGGACAGGGCAGUUCUCUUGUAAGUCUCUCAGAAGAAUCCAAGCCUGCUAAAACACCUAUUCACCGGAGAAGUAUGAGCUGGUGCCCAUCUAAUCUAGCUCCCUCUGACCCAGAGCCAAUUGACAGCCGAAGCUAUAGUCUAGAGGGCUUGGUGGAGGUGGAGCAGGGUCCUCUUCCAUGUGAGCAGGGGGAUCUAGAGACGGGUCAAGAAAAAGGAUGUUUCUCUGAGGAGGGACAGCAGGUCUUGUCAAUGACUGCGAGCUGUCCUGGAAUGUUUCAUCACCAAACCCUCACCAAAUCCAUCUCCAUGGUAACCAUCAGUCACCGAGACAUUGAUGGCACAACCGCUUUCACAUGUAACCCUGGCUCUGUGGAAUACAGUAUUUCAGAAGAGGAGCCAGGGCCACUGAGAAGCACCACGGAGGGGAAAGGAGGGCCCAGAAUCAGCCGAACAUUCAGUUACCUCCGAAAUAAAAUGACCAAAAAGGGAAAGGAGAAAGAAAAAGAGAGAAGAGGAGAGAAGGAAAGGGAGCCUAAAGAGAAAGACAAGAAAUGGUCCCACAAUCAUGUGUUUUUCCCUGUAUGUCCGCCUGUGUCCAGCUGCUGUCAGCAUUGCAACAAACUGCUGCAAACCAAAGAGUGCUUCCACUGUAGCAACUGUGGUGUUCAUGUUCACAAGAGCUGCAAAGACAACGUGGCUGUUUGUGUAAAGAAUAAAAAUAAGCUUCAAAUCAUGGCCCCAGAUGCUGCUCCUCCAGCUGUAACAACCAGGACAAAAUCUACAUCCUCGACCGGGUCCACUAUUUCCUCUGUGUCAUCGUUGUCACGAGAACGCUGGUCUACAGCCACUACACCUGAAGACCAGUUUCCUCUAGUGCAGCCAAAGCGCACCUCUAGCAUUUUCUCUACACAUGGCAGCCUGCCGAAGAGUAUUUCCAUCAGCAACAUUGCAGGGUUAGAUGACGUGACACUGAAAGGGUUAAAAUUAAGGUCUCAGUCCACUGACUCGCUGAAUCAGAACAGUGCCGUCAACGCUUCCACAGAGUCCCUCACUGAUGAAGGCACAGAAAUGAUGGAUAAUCAGCUGAUGGGGGAGUUUGAGAGUGACAUCAAGGACCUGGAGGCAGAUUCAUGGAGCAGCACAGUGGACAAGAAAUUCCUAAAGACACUAAAGAAAGAUGAAAUCAAGAGACAAGAUGUCAUCUAUGAGUUGUACCAGACAGAGUUUCACCAUGUAAGGACCCUCCGGAUCAUGUCUGAGGUCUACUCUAAAGGCAUCCAGAAAGAACUCCAGAUGGACCUGCGCACUUUGGACAAGAUCUUUCCUGUGUUGGACGAUCUUGUGGAGACCCACACGGAGUUUCUGCACCAGCUCUUGGAGCAGAGGAGAAGCUCCUCAGGGAAGGCACAGCACAGCAGCCUCCUUGUCGGUGGCAUUGGGGAAACGCUGGUCAAACAGUUUUCAGGUAGCAGUGCUGAACGCAUGAAGAAAGUUUAUGGGAAGUUCUGCAGUCGGCACAAUGAAGCUGUGAACCACUACAAAGAUCUGCUGGCCAAAGACAAACGCUUCCAGAACUUCAUCAAGAAAGUGAUGAGUAGCACUAUUGUACGGCGGCUCAGUAUUCCUGAGUGUAUCCUGCUGGUCACACAGAGGAUUACCAAGUACCCUGUUCUCAUCCAGCGCAUACUGCAGCACACCAAAGAGACUGAUUUGGAGCACACCCAUGUAUCAGAGGCUCUUCAGCUCGUAAAGGAAAUCCUUACAGCAGUCGAUAGCAAAGUGAAUGAGCAGGAGAAGAAACGCAGGCUGAAAGAAGUGCACAGUCGCACUGACAGUAAGUCCAUAAUGAGGAUGAAGAGUGGCCAGUUUUUUGCCAAAGAGGACCUGCUUAGAGGCCGAAGACUGAUCCAUGAUGGAACUCUGCAGCUGAAAAACUCUGCUGGACGCCUUAAAGAGGUCCAGUCUUUGCUCUUGUCAGAUGUGUUGGUGUUUCUUCAAGAAAAGGACCAGAAAUAUGUGUUUGCCUCGCUGGACCAACGCUCAACAGUCAUCUCACUUCAGAAUCUAAUUGUCCGAGAAGUGGCCAAUGAGGAGCGAGGUCUGUUCCUGAUAACUGCUGGAACUGAGAAACCAGAGAUGGUGGAGGUGUUGGCUAGCAGCAAAGAGGAGCGAAACACUUGGAGAGCCAUUAUUCAAGAUGCAAUGAACUGCAUGGAGAAGGAUGAAGAUGAGGGCAUUCCUAGUGAAACUGAAGAGGACAAAAGACAACAGGAGAGCAGAAUAAAGGAGAUUCGAGAGUUACUCCGAGGUAAAGAUGAGCAGAUUGUCUCAUUAUUGGAGGAGAAGGUGCACAUUUUCAGAAAGCUGAGUGACUGCAGUGCUGCCCUGUAUGAUGCUAUUCCAGCAGUACGGGAGCGCAUGCUGUUUAGGGCCACACCUGAUGAUGUCACUAAGGGAGAACCAAUCAUACAAGAGGCUUUGAAAGAAGUGGAGUCUCUUCACUCUUUAGUCAACACUGGAUUAGGUGGAGCAGCUUGCAAUGUCUCUAUGAGCCCAGUAGGGGGGAGUGUGGGACCAGUCUGUCUGCCCAGGAGAGCGGAGACGUUUGGAGGGUUUGACAGCCACCAGAUGAACAUCAGCAAGAAUGGGGAGAAGGAAGAAGCAGAUGAAUCAGUGGACCUUCGAAGGACUGAGUCAGACGGUGUGCUCAAAAAGGGAGCCACAGCGAGUCUACAGUUGUUACUCAAGAGAAACAAUGAACAGGUCCAGAGCAGUGUGACUUACCUUCAUGACCUACUGCUCUCACUGCAGGCAGUGGUGGUGCAGCAGGACUCAUUCAUAGAGGACCAGCGUCAAACCCUAAACGAGCGUUUCACAGCCAACUCCUCCAGACAUUCGUCUUCUUCGUCUCUGUCGUCUGUAUCUUCAUCUCGGCCGUCCUCUCUGAUCGAACAGGAGAAACACAGGAGUCUGGAGAGGCAGCGGCAGGAAGCAGCCAGUCUACAGAAACAGCAGGCUGCGCACCUUGAGGAGAAGCGGAGGCGAGAGAGGGAAUGGGAGGUGAAAGAGCGUGUGCUAUGUGAGCGAGAAGAGCAGCUAAAGGAGGAAGAGGAGCGCAUGGAGAAGAGGCGCCAGGAGCUGCAGGAGGAGAGGGAGCUACUGCAGAGGAACAAGGAGCAGUACCAGAGGGACCUGGAGCGUCUGAGAGAGGCCCAGCUCAGACUGGAACGAGACAAGGAGGCCCUGCACCGGGACACGGAGAGACUGGAGGCUCAGCGCAAGGAGCAGGCAGAGCAGCUACAGAGGUACAGUCGCACCUCCUCCAUUACAUCCGAAGACUCUGUUCGCUUCCCAAGCACCAGUUCUCUGGACCUGGACUGCAAAGAGGCAGAACAAUCAAAAGAGGUGGAGCUCUCAACCUCUGCUCCCACUAAAGAACCCUUUCUUCGUAUUGGAUCCAAACGAAUGGGCAAAAACUUCAACCCCUUUGCCUCAUCGUCCUCAAAGACACAGGGGGCAGAAAAGGAGCCCAGCAGACUGCUGCAGCUGACCAAGCCCAAGAAAGACAAGAAGGACAAGAAGAAAAAGAAAGGAGAGGCUCCACCCACAGGGACUGGCUCAGUGUCAAAUUUCCAGAAAGGUGGCGACAAUUUCUCCUGCUGAAGGUGCUAACUGAACUGUGCUGUGGAGUUGUUUUACAUUUGGAGACACAUGUCUCUUCACUUGCUUUAAUAUACGGCAACGGACUUGGUCUGAAAAUAAUGACAUCUCCCAGGCCACUUAACAUGUGGGAAAUCAUAUUGAAUGCCUUUGGAUCCUUGCCUAAGGGAGUUGUAAUGGAAGUAGGAUUGGUUUUAUCUGCUGUGAAGAAUGUUAGCAGAAAGACAUUACAAAGUGCUUUAUUGACUCCUAGAAGCUUUAACAUGUGCAUUUCUUUGAAGUGUGCUAACCCUAUGUCUUUGGUGCUUGGAAAGACUUCUUGGAGAGAAAUGGAGCAGUCUAACCAGACAUGUGUGAGGUGGGGUUUUGUAAAGCAUAGUGCCACUAAUACAUCUAAUGCUGUCCACACUGUGUGCUGGGGUCACCCACUGUGGUCAGCCACAUGCUCCACAGCAUUAAUCAUGUGCCUUACCUAUCACAAAGGACCUUUUUUGACAAUCACCAAAAUCAGUCAUUGAAAAGCACUUUAGAGAUAAUAUGCACCACUGUGUUCUCAGUUUGGUAAAGGUAUGUUUUGAGAGUUGUACUAUGUUGAUAAUGUAGAAAAUGUUCUUAGGUUACCAAGACAAUCGCAUAAUAAAAAGAGCAGGGCUUUUUGAUCAAAAUUGAAUGCUAUCUUUGAUUAAUUGUAGAUAUGAAACAAAAAGGCAACCAUUUUUCUGGAAAAGGUUUUCUGCAGUAUAGCUAGAAAUAAGUCUGCCUAAUCACGAACACUGGUUCUCCCUGUCACUUGGAUUAUUCUAGAUAUUUGACCAAAUAAUGUGUCUGGCUGCAAAUUAAGGAAUAACUCUGAAGGUUUUUAGUUUUUAUCCUGUGCCUUUGAUCAGUACAUUUCAUAAUGGUUUUGUUUUGCAUACUCAGCAGUGACAUGCACUUUACAGGACGUAAAGGAGGAUGGAGAUGGAUGCAACAGCGCUGUGUAUAUAGUUCAACCUGAAACACAUAACUGAGAUCCGUUUCUAUAGCAGCACGUGCUUUGAUAUCACAUUGGGGCUCAUCCAUCGGCCGUUACUCAGAAGCAGCACAUUGAUUUUCUCCUACUUUCUCCAGAAUGCAGCUGAGAGGGAGCCGCAGCACUGGGCAGGAGAAUAAUAUUUCAGCCCAGGGUCAUUUCCCACCUUUCUGCUGAGAGGAGCACAUUUGUUUCACUGUGAAACACACAGUAUUUGAAUAGCCAUUCUGGUUUUAGGGAGGUGGAAGACCUCACACGAGCACAAAAUAUGACUCUUCCCAUUAAAACAUUGCCAUUUGAAUUUAAUCAACUUGCAUAACUAUUUCCCGGACACAAUGACUGUAGAGCUAUGCAAGUUUAAAGCAUAACUAAUCAAUCUGAAAUAGAAAAAUGUUGUUGUUAUUGACCACCACCAGGUUUCUACUGUAAAUUAUAAAACUGAUUGUUCUUUACAAAAUUAGAUGAUUAUUAAUCAAAUUUACCUUACCAUACAAUUCACACGAUCAGUGACACAGGAGGGAUUUCCAGCUGUUUUAAAAUGGGCAAAAACAAAUGUAUAAAAACAUCAAUAUUAUUUAUUAUUUUUGCGACCCAUUAGUUUUUCCUGUAGAAUAUUAUUCAUUUUUAUUAAUAAUAUUUUAAAUCUGACAAAAAGAUGGCCCUUUAUAGCUCUGUUGUUGAGGAGUCAGGUUUUCAAAACAUUGGAUGUGGAUUAUAACACGAGGUUGUGCGAGAUUUCAUGAGCGUGCCGUAAAGGAUUCCUCUCAUUCCUAUUGUUCUCAUGUUGUGCUAAUUAACUGGUGGCAAUGCAUUUGAAAAAGCUUUCCAUUAAUCUUACAACUGAUGCACUGUGUAUUAAGGCUUUUUGAACACGUUUUUGUACUAAAACAGAAGGUACAAACCUGAUUUUUCUUGUGUAUAAAAUUUAAAAGGGCAACGCAACAAAAAAGGUGUAAAUAGAUUUUCUGUACAAAUAUGAACUUCCAAAGUAUUGACAGUUUUUUGUUGGAUGAUUGUUUUAAUAAGUAAGAAAGCUUUAUUUAUCUGUUCCUAGAUUCAAAUGUACAGUAUUGGACUUCCCUCAAUUAAACUAUGCAGUUUGACACAA